GGUUGCAUUUUUGAAAAGUUUAUAUGUUUUCGUGAAAACUUGGUUAAACAGGAACCUCAUUAUAUUUUGUCAAUUAGUAUGACCAAUAAGUAGAAUUUCACUGAAGAAAAUGAUUUUUGAAUACACUGACGUAGUGAAAAUACAAACAGAACUGGGUUAUACUACAGUGAAGUGUUCGUCCACGACUACCGUACAAGAAAUAAUUUCAGUGGCCAUGAGAUCCAUUUCGUUGUCGGCUUCACCACAGCUCUAUGGACUUCGACUAUUGGGCCUUCGUGAUAAAAAUAUAACUUGUAACCAUGUUUUAUGUAGGCAUUUGACAUACUCCGAGGUUAAGAAAAUGUAUGGAAUUAGAGAUCUUCAGCUCGCAAUAUACUUGUUUCCAACAAAGUUUGAAGAGGCAGCAAGAAACGAUAGGGCAACUCUCUUUUAUUUACAUCAACAGACUAGAAAUAUAUACUAUUCUGGAUUACAAAACGUUAAAGACGUUGAGUUAGCACUCGAAAUAGGAUGCCUUAAUAUAAGGAGUUUUGUUUCGUCGCCAAGAUUAUCCGUUAAAGAAAUUAUUGAGACAGUGGAAAAGGUGCGAGAUAUUUCUACUUUUUUUCCACCAUCCGUCCUCCAAACUUUCAAGGGUAAAGCAUUUAAAAAAGCCGUGCAAAAUUACCUGGCGAAAAUAAUCCACUACUCUGAGGAAGACUGUGCACUGGACCUGUUGAAUCGUUAUCUUGUUUUGCUACAAUUUGAUCGUGAUACAUUUAAAUGCCGACUUGGAGCUGGAUGGGGUAUACCGGUGGAUCUAAUUAUUGGACCACGUUUUCAAAUAUCUAUAGUCGUUGAAAAUGGACGUCAGCCAAGACAUUUGGCUUAUUUUGCCAGUAUUCGGCAAGUGAUUGUCACUAAAGUACAAAUUCAAGGGAAAGAAUGUUAUCAAGUGAAAAUUGGCAUGGAACAAUCAAUAACAGUAGCAUCAAGCAACAAUAAUAAUGCUCAAUUUGAUUUUAUUAGUUUUACGUUUACGACCCCUGAAGAAGCUGAUACUGUGGUACAUUUAUUAGAAGGAUAUUGUGGUGAAUCAAUGGAUGAUAUUUUAUCCAAUGGUACACUGAAUUCAUUAAAUAAUCAUGAAUCAAAAUGGCAAGUUAAUUCAGGAAUUACAUGUAGUGAAUUUUUACCGAAUGGUUGUCCAUUUAGACUAUGUAAAACCACUAAAUCACAAUUACAAAGAUUGGAAAUAAAAAGAAGUUCGGUAACAUUGGAACAAGUACUUGGUGAAGGUCAGUUUGGAGACGUGUAUAAGGGAUCUUAUCGUAGAAAACCUAAUUUCGACCCAUUAUUGGUUGCUGUGAAAACAUGUAAACUGGAUGCAUCGUAUGAAGAAAGAAAGCGUUUUUUAGAGGAAGCGCAUAUAUUGGGAGAAUUCGAUCAUCCACAUAUUAUAAAACUAUUUGGGGUAUGUUCUGAUGAGCCGAUUUGGUUAGUUAUGGAAUACGCUGCACUAGGAGAGUUACGCCAUUAUCUUAUAGCUAAGCAAAAUGAACUAACUAUAACACAGUUACUUACAUACUCCUAUCAAAUUGUGACCGCUUUAGCCUGUUUAGAAUCUAAGAAAUGUGUUCACAGAGAUAUAGCUGCUAGAAAUAUUCUUGUCUCAAGACCAGAUUGUGUAAAACUAGCCGAUUUCGGAAUGUCACUUAUUUUAACAGAUAAAAAUGACUUUCAAGCUGAACAAGGUAGAAAAAUGCCUAUUAAGUGGAUGGCUCCAGAAAGCCUACAUCAACGACGUUUUAGUUCAGCAAGUGAUGUUUGGAUGUUUGCUGUAUGCAUAUGGGAAAUUCUAUCAAAAGGAGUUAAACCAUUUUCAAAUUUAACUAAUGCAGAAGCUGUAGAACAGAUCGCUCGUGGUGUUCGCCUAGAAAGACCAGAUAAAUGCCCUCAUAGUUUAUAUGAAAUUUUACUACAAUGUUGGAAUGCUAAUCCUACCUUACGUCCAACAUUUUCGAUGCUUAAACCUAGAAUAAGGGAAUUAACUAUACAAUAUAAAUCAACUUCAGCUUCGUUAGAACCUAUGUAUUUAAAUUGUGCCGGUGUUGAUAAUCAGAAUGACCAAUCCAAUAGAACAUAUCAAAAUCAAUUCAGAAUCAACUUAACACCACCAAAGGCACCUAAACAGUCUCCAAUACAAACAUCUAGACCUCAUAUGAAUCUACAAAGUCGAUGGGAUGAAGCCAGUAAAGUGAACUGGACUAAACUAGAUAUUCAGUCAAGUCGAUAUUUAUCAAAUAAUUUAGAAAAGUCCUAUAAAACUAUAAGUAAUUCUCCAUCACCAAAUCGUCUAGUGGAUAUUGAUCUCAGUUCAAAUUCUCAAAGAGAUAUUCCAUCAUUUCGUGAUAUGGAAAAAUAUAAUGCUACACGAAAUGCUUCGACAUCAAGUAUGAAUUCAUCAACACUUGGUUCAGUAUCAAGUACAGUAACUGUGAAAGGACACUCACCUGAUACUACCAGACAUAAAUCAAUUCUACCUCCACCUAUGUGUCAUAAUUCAACGAAAAUAUUUGAUUUUACAUCGGAAUCGCGAAAUUUAAGUGAACGUAGAAGUGAUGAUUUUGAGAAAAGAUACAAAUCAGAACUAAGGAAAAAUACUUCAAUUUACAGAAAAACAAUGCCGCCUUCACUACCUACUCAAGUAAUUAAAUUGAACAUUAAUGAAAAUAAUAAUUCAUCAACUUCGAUAGAAUCUUGUUCAUUAUCCCAUAAUACUCAUAAAAUCCGAAGUUUUUCAUCUGAUGGUGUUCGAUUGGCAAGUCAUCAAACAACUCCAACACAUUCAAGGAAUACAUCAAUUUCUCAGUCAGUGUCACAACAUUCCUCUAAUCAAAGCAUCAAAUUCUCUAAUAGUUCUACUCGUAAUAUUCUCAUUAAUCAUAACAGUAAUAAUGAUGAUGGUUGUAUUCGUAAACAUUCAGUAUCGGAUUCGAUCUCUAAUCGCCAAGAUUCACCGAGUAAACGUAAUAAUAAUAAUAAUAAUAAUAAUAAUAAUACUGGUCAUGUAGACCCAGUGUUUUCAGCCACUGUAAAAGUUGUACAAACUGUUAGUUCGGUCAGUCAGCAGAUAAUUACGAGUAAACCAGAGGAAUAUGGUACCUUGAUAAAAACUAUUGGUACAUCAAUCAAAGAUUUAUUCUCUGCAAUUCAAAAAGAAUUCGGUGAUCAUGCUUGCGAAACAAUUCUUCUAGCUGAACGUCAAUUAAAUUCUUCAAUGUAUUCCCUCAUAACAACUACAAAAAGUGCUAAAUUACAAAAUAAUCGAGGUCCAUUACUGGAAGAAUAUCGACGACAUUUAAUGAGCUUAGCUUAUGCAAUUGCAGCUGAUGCAAACACUUUAUAUACAACUGUUUAUGAAAAUCGCAUUAAAUGAUUAUACUGGACAAAAAUGUAUUAAAAUUAUUAUCACUACCUAUUAAUAAUGGGGAUAUAUUCCCUUUGAAUAUUCCUAUAAAUAUUUGAUUGUGAGGUAUAUUCAUUUUUCUACAAUGAUUUUUUUUCUUCUGUGUAUUGCUUCUUGACACUUGAGCUACUACCGUUUUCCUACAUACUACUGAAAUCAGUAGGCUGUACAUUUGUAUAAAAAGCAAUAAAGUAAUAAUGUAACAAUUGCUUUUGUCUUUCCUAUCACCUUUCUGUCAUUUCUACGGUUAGUUUUCAUUGUUCACUGGGUUUUUUUCUGAUGUCUUUUUUUACUUAUAUACAACUGUUGUAGAGUUUUUUUAAAGAUUAUUUGUUGCAUUGUUUCAAAUUCGAAAACUAUUCCCAAGUGGCUACAAAUCCUGAUGGAUAAAAGUCUGUAACAGAGUCGACGAAAAUAUGAGUUAGUAUCAAUUAA